AUGGCGUCCGCGCCUAGCUCCAAGGUUGGCCAGGGCUGCCCGCCCCAUGGACCGGGUCCACCCUCUGCAUCCAAUGGCAUGUUUCAAAUGGGCACAUGCCCCACCACAACUAACGGACAACGUGGGUCCCGAUGGAGCCACGCUGCCCCACGCAGCCUACCAGGGCCCGCCACUGCAGCCCAGGCCUCGCGCUGGCCGCGAAUCACGCUGCGAUCUCGUGCAGGCGCCCAGAGCUUAUUUCAUGUGCCUUGUCCCUGUCCCGGUGCUGUUUCCGGCAUUUCCAAUCCUCAUAUCACGACUGUGCCUGUGUGCCUGUGUGUACCGGUCUCCGUACAAGUGGCCGCAGAGGGACAGAAGCACCAUGGGUCCCGAUCCAGCCCAGAGGAGCAGCCGUAUCGCCAUGAUGAUCGCCCUGGUGGACCCCCUCAUUUCAGUCUUCAACCACUGGCCGCCCAAAACGGUAUUUCUGUGCAGCGAUCCAGCAGAUCGCCUCCUGAGCGUAUCCCCUUGAAUCCGUCCCGGUGGCCAAUGUAA